CUCAAGUUGAUGGCAUGCAUCGUGAAGGACGAUCCUCACCAUAGCAGGGAGUGAACCUUCCAGAGAAUCUGGCCAUUGUUUCAUCCGCUAACAUCCCAUUGACUAUUUCAACGCCAUCCGCCAGAAGAGAUUCGCCUGACUGCCAGUGCACGAUGCAACACGAGAUCCAUCUCUCGACAUCCCUCAUUGUGGAAAGGGGUAUUACCUUAUCCAGGAUUAAUAAAAGCCAAUGGUGCCUUUUUGGCGAAUGAACUAUCACCGCCAUCCCGCUGGCCAAGGCGCUUUCAAAAGGCCCGGCCAGACAGCGCAGUGCAGCAUCCUGCGCUUUGACUCCUCGACAGCUGUCAUGCAUGUCAUGCUUUGCAAAUAGGCGAGAUCAUCCAGCCAGCGAUGAGGCCGUUUUUCCACUUUUGGGUUCCACGAGUUCAUGGAGCCCCGGACUUCAACAAAAGUCCCUCACUGCUGAUCUUGUACACCUGCAGGUACCAAAAGAGUCGUUUGAGGGUCGGAUCCUCUAUCAGACAUGUAUGAGAGGCGGCGAGACUUUGCUAGACGGCCAAACUGAAAACAGCUUCGGCUACUGAUCCUUGUCUUUCAUAAUGUCAGAUACAUAACCUGAAGCACGUCGUUACAGGGUGGCGAGGGAGAGGUUGCGCCCUUCUCUGUCUUCGCUUCGGCUCGUCUGUCACUCGGCUGCGUGAGCUUUGAACAUCGAAGCCUCGAAACCCCGCCCCUGAACGUCUGUCCUUUCUACCUUCCGCCAGACUACUGUCAUUUUGGCAUGGGGAGACACCGCCAGCGAAGACUUUGGUAGGUACUGGGGUUUGUAUGGCCUGUGCAAGAUUGCUCGCUUCUUUUGACACGAAUUGCUUCCCUUUGGGGUUCACCCUGCAUCACAAAGCCACGGCCAGGGGGUUGCCACUGUACCGGCCCGUGCGUUGAACUCUCUAUGAAAUAUCAUGACUGCUCUUUUCUGCCUGAGCAGCUCUGCGUCUCUGCACCACCUCGCAGUGAGCAACCGCGGCCGCUGUCCCUUGCAGAAGUUUUGCAUAUACUGUACAUUCUUGUUUCUCUGUUUCCAUGGCAGAAUACACACGCCUCGUGGGGUCGACGAGCCCACGGCUAUCGGGUGACUACCACCGUGAUCAUGACCACGAUGCCGAUGCUUUCGAGCAUGACAAUCUUGCUUUCCACGACACGGAGCUCGACGAAAAACAAAAGCCCCUGUCCACAGUAGUUAUCAAGGAAGGAACAUCGGCUUCAGAUCUGGACACGGACCCGGAAGACAAUCUCGACGUCGAAAAGCAACAUCAACAACGACAAGAAGAACGCUCGUCCCCCGUGCCGAAAUGGAAGCAAUACAAGACAUACAGCUCGCUCAUGAAAUCUUGGUGUAUCGCCGCCCUACCAACGUUCUGCCAGCCAGGUGGCCUGCGGCGCAAAGGCCAGCUGCGUCCAACAGCCUGGCUUGACGCUCUCCGUGGGUAUGCGGCUUGGAUCGUGUUCCACUAUCACUGCUUCAACAGUUACUCUCCGUCUUGGCGGAGACAACCAUUCAUCUCAUUUUUUUGGGCUGGCCCUGGAAUGGUGGCUCUCUUCUUCGUCAUCUCGGGUUACGUGCUGAGCUACAGCCUGCUCAAGCAGAUGCGAAGGCGACAAUCUACGGCCAUGCUGGAGAGCCUUGCGUCAUCCUCGUUCAGGAGAUACAUUCGACUUUAUGCGUCUAGCGUUGUGGCGACCAUGUUUCCGUUGAUGCUGGUCCGGUUGCGGCUCUACAACGGCGCCGGCUCGUUACAUGUUCCGACGUUCUUCGGACAAGUUGGUGACUGGCUGUACAACAACCUCUACUUCAUCAAUCCUUUUGCCGACAUUCGAGGCUGGUACCACCAAGGCACCAUAGACAGCAAGUAUCUGGGUACCCUAUGGACGAUUCCGGUCGAGUUCCGCGGCAGCAUGAUUCUUUUCGGAUUCUGUGCCGCUGUGUGUAAACUGACGACACCCUGGCGCAUGGGUCUGACUUGGCUUAUCAUCAUUCUGUCCUAUGUGUGGAACACGGUCUUUGUAGCCGAGUUCCUGUUCGGCAUGUUCGUUGCCGAUGUGUCUCUGUCGAGAAAUCCGGAUCUGGUGCGGCGUCAACCGCUACCUACGACGCACACAGCGCCUGCCGGGACCACGCGCGAUAGGGUUGACCGAUGGGUCGAGAAGUCGACCCGGAGGCAAAAAGCACUGCGCAUUGCCCGUAACGUCGGGUACGUUCUGCUAUUCAUUCUGGGCGUCUUCUUCCUCGGCCAGCCCGAUGGCGUGGAUUUGGGUGUCUGGGGAAAUUUCCCCUGGCAGUUCCUGAAAUCGUUCAUUCCACCCUACUACGGCAACGGCUCCGAGUACUAUUUCUACCUCUCGAUGGGUGGCUUCUUCCUCCUCUUGGCACUCGACUCGCUGCCAAUCUUGCAGCUCCCGCUUAAUUGGGGUUUCAGCCAGUAUGUUGGCGAGCUCAGUUUCGGAAUUUAUGCCCUUCACCCGCCCUUGACAUUUGCCUUCUUUAGGGACAGGAUGGAACCAUGGCGUGCCAAACACCUGGGCGACUCGCCGCUCGCAUUCAUCCCCGGGUAUAUCUUGAUGACACUAUUGGUGUUCAUCACCGCGGAUUAUUUCACUAGAUUGGAUAAGAAGGUCGUCAAGGGAGGGAGAUGGCUGCAGUCCAAACUGUUCCGGACGUGGGAUGAUUAAAGAAUGAAUAUACACGGUCACAGUGGCGAUGGGGAAGUAUUGCUCAGCUGUUUAUGUUUUCCUUACCGGCUGCUCGGGGUGAAGAUGGAAUUCUUGCCAGAUGGUGUGUGCUUUUGGGCUGAUACAGUGCAGCGGAAUAAAUUUUGUUUGAUCACGUCGACUUGGUAUACAAUCUUGGGCAUUACGAGUGUAUAUGAUACUACUGUUACUCCUACUGUUUGGAUCCGGUGGUAGUAUUGGCCACUUAAAAAUUUAGCAAGAUACAGAAUUUAAGAUAUAGCAUUUGACUUCCUAGAUACCUGA